AUGGCAAUAUUUGAGCAAGAGGAAAAAAAAUAAAGCGAUGAAGUUUAGAUAAACACUUUUAUAAAGGUACCUGAGGAUAAUGAAAGAAGUAUAUUAUCAGCUGAUCCACAAAUUUAGAGAGGUGGAUUAAGAAAAUUAAGUAAAGAACUUCAAGCUAUGUUCAAGUAAUGCGUUGAUGAUAAGAGGAGAAUAAAGCUAGAAAAUGAAAAAAAAUAGACGGUACUCUUCGUUAAUAGCCGAGAUGGAAAUAUUUUCUUUGGCUAAAACGAUUCGAAUUUAUGGUCGUAUAAUGUUAAUGACUUUGAAGAGAUAAGUUAAAUGUAAAUUCCAGCUGAAGCUAUGUCAAUCCUUUCAUUUGGUGGUUUUAUCUAUUUGGGAUUAAAUAAUGAUUCGGUUUGCAUUUAUGAUAUAGAAGAGAUGUACGAUUUUGUUAAAGAUGUUAAAACAUCCAGUGUUCCUCUUAAAAUAAUUCCAUACAUCCAUCAACAUUAAAAUCGAAGUAAUGAAAGCAAGUAUAUUGUCUUUUUAGAAAAAGAUGGAUUUAUUGAAUUCUUUAGCAUUGAAAAAAUGGAGAUAAUCUUCAGAUUUUAGCACUCAUGCAAAUUCAGUAUUUAGGAUGCUAUUCAGGUGAUUAAUAAGAAUGAAAUAUGUAUAGGAUUCGCACAGCUAAUUGAUAAUGCUUAUAAAGAUGGAAAAUUAUCAUUCAUUGAAAUCAUCUUUAAUGAUUAAAAGGCUGAGGAGGAGAUUAGUAUAGAAGAGAUAGAAGAAGUGGAAUAAUUUAAUAAAAAAUCAGUGUUUUGCAUUUAAUAGAUCUCUCUUAACUGCUUUGUAGUCUGCGUUGUCGAUAAAAGUAUGAAAGUUUUCAAUAGACUGAAACCAAAGAUUAUACAAGACAUACAUAAUCCCUCCUAGAGUAUUUUUACAUAUUUAACUUUAUGA